GUUGUUAUGAGCAACUGGUCGUUUCAGGAGGUCCUACGCUAACAGAGUGCAAGACUUAGUCGCUGUGAGAUCUAUUCAUAGGAUUGACGGCUGGAUUACCUGUUCCUGUACACCGAUUACCUCGAGGCGACCGGACUUUGCCAACGAUGAGGCUGCGUUCAAGUACACUUAAAACUGACCACGGGCUGGCCGCAGCAGAAGCAACACAACUUCUCUGCGCUGUGCCCUUGUUUUCAUCGCUCUUCUCCUAAUCUACUGAUUCUUCCUAUAUCAUAUGCACAACCCACCCCCUGCGCCGAUCACCUCGUUCACCCCAGAGCUCACGGAACGACUUCGCGAAUAGAUGUCGGACGUACUGUCGUACCUCGUGAAAACUAACUUUGCUACUACCUACUCCAAGGAAUCGGCCGUUCUACCGCAGUUUUGGGCCGCGCUGCCUCUUGCCGAUGGCAACCAGAUAGACAAUUUGGAUUUCUCUACGACAGAGUUAUUCGAGGUCUAUCACAAUUACGUAGGACCGAGCAUCUACGAGGACUAUCUUCCAGUUAUCUCGCGUUUCUUCGAGCACCCAUGCAAUAGAAUAGUGGUGGAGAACCUUAUGGCGUCUGGCCUACCGUCUUUAUUGCCCACUCCCCGGGUACCUCGGAAGGCGCAGGAGAGUACUUCCCGGAAUACCGCUACCCAAAACACAUGUCGAAGGCGAUGGCUGAGAGAGUUUGACUUGUGAGCCGGCAGGGCAAGAAUGGUGCGGUCAAGAACUGUAUCAUACUUUCCCUUGCGUGCCGUCAAUCGUGCGAGGAAAGCAUCUCCAGCUACAAAUAGUUCCUCUUCAUGCAUUCUCUCUUUGCAUUGGUGUAACCUUAGCUCGAGACCAUCAAUACCGUGUUCGCCACUGCAUGUCGGGAUUUAUGUCAAACGAUUGGGCGACCAUCGGGAGGAUCACAUUUACUGCGUCGAAACGACUGAGUUCGACAGACCAAGUUUAACUUUGCGAAUUGGGACGACAUUUGUGGCCGUUCCGGACGGUUCCCCUCGGAGAACAUAGACGCAGUACAGGUCCAA